AUGAUGUUUACAUCUUGAACGUUGAACAGUUGAUCUCGUUGAGUCCGGAGAUACAAUGCGAGCAGUCGGUUUGCACGCUGUCGCGACAGUACUGCAGACAGAAGCAGUACUCAUAAAAUCAAACGUUCCUCAUCGCGCCCAUCAUGCACCCUUGAUCGAUCUCAUCUCCUAGCCGAAUAGCCGGAGUUAUAGCUGCCGGAAAAUAUGUUGUCUGCGAAUAUAACAUCCGUAGAGAUUCUCUACCUCAAGCAACAGUUAUCACUCCCGGACGAAGAGCGCCUACGAUCAGUCCUCUCGAGGAAGAAGGUUGGGUUGCGGUCAGUAGUAUGGUUGAGAAGAAGAACAUUGCAACCUGCCAUGGAUGAACUGGUGAAGAUUGGUGCGGAGGAUAUACUGGUUUUCAAUCUAGAUAAUUGCAGAGUAUGAUGGC